CUCGUGUUCUGAGACACGGAUUGCGAGCGGAAUGCGCUCUCCUGUAGCGGAUUUGUGAUUCGAACAUCCAUGGCGCCAUUCUGCGCUCCAUGCACAACGUCUGCCGCUGCUGCACGUUGUGCGGCGUUGCAAUUCGGCGUGGGAGGUCUCGUCCAAUCGAGCUCUUGUUGCGGUGGUAGCAAUGUCGCGGAUUUCCGAGUUCGCGAAGGCCGUGACGGCAAGCCUCGAGAUGCAAUGUUGUGCUCGCGGAGUGCGGGGAUUUACGAGCUCGGAGGAUUCGGUCGAUUGAGUUUGCGGGAUGGAGAUGAAUUUGUGCGGACGCUGGCAGCUGCUGGCACUGGCGGCGUUUGGUUCCGCAAAAAAAGGCGCUGGAAAGCUGCAAAUUCGUCGUCUGCCAAUGUGAUCUGUGAAGUUAGUGGCGGCAUUGGAACCGAGACCGAGGUUUUCGAAAGCCGGGUGCUCAAUGUCUCGGUUUCUGUUUCUUCCAGCUCAAGCUCCUCUCCCUCUGGGUCUGCCGAUGCCGCUUCGUCCAAUCAAGUUGUUGCCAGUGAAUCCAUUUUCUUAUCGUCGACCGAGAAGAGGGAGGAAGAUACCCGUGGUACUCCAGAAAGUGUGCUAAAAGACUCCAGUAACAUCGAAUCUGAUAAGUCGCAAGGAGGCACGAAGUAUUUUGGGGUUCAGCCAGUACGGGGCAGAUUUGAAGUGGAGUUGCAAAAGGAUGGAGUAGUGCACAAAUUGAUUUUUUUGUCUCAAGAAGAGGCUGCAAGAUCCUACGACAAAGCUGCAUUCAAACUCAGCGGAAGAUCUGCGCGACUCAAUUUUGACUUGACCGAGGAAGAAAAGCUGGAAAUACAAGGCACUGGAUGGGAAGACCUAUUGUUGAAGAUGCAACUUCAAGCUCUCUCGGAGAAUUCUCCGGCUGGACUUGGAUUUCCUGGUGUUCAAUUUAAAGAGGACGAGCAGUUGUGGCAAGCGAAGAUAAGGCAUGACAAGGAAAACUACGUGGGAUAUUUCACGACUAUGAACGAUGCCACUAAAGCCUAUGACUUAGCAGCUUACAAGCUUCAUGGCAGUCAUGCCCUUUUGAGUCAACCUCUUACUGCUAGUGAAAAGAAAGAGCUUGCAACAAUGGACUGGGACGCACUUGUCGUAAGACUUGGUUUGGAGAUCCAAGCUCGCAGAAUUAGACGAAAUUCCGGUUGUCGCGGUGUCCGUCUCACAACUUCUGGGGGUUGGCACGCUAGCUUCACCUACAAAAGCUAUUAUUUUUAUCUAGGCACCUUCAAAACCAAAGAAACUGCAGCCAAAGCAUAUGACUUGUUUGCAUCUAAGCUCAUUGGUGAGAGGGCCAAGGUUAACACGGAACUUAAUCCUGAAGAACUGGCUUUUCUGUCAACACACUCUGUUAACAGUCUGCGCGAGUACCUGGCUGGUCAAGCGAUGUUGGCACCCAAACAAGCUUUUCUUGGAGCGCGAGGGGCACGUAUGGUACAAGGCCGAUGGGAAGUCUGUUUAGAAAACGCAAGGAAAGAUCGUAUUUUUACCUCGUCCGUCUCGAGUGAAGUUGAAGCCUUGAGAGUUCAUGAUCUAGCCGCUUACAAGCUGCAUAACGAGCUGGCAAAAACCUAUCAAGAGCUAUCUCAAGUCGAGAGACAGGAGGUGGAAGCUGCUGACUGGAGUUCUGUGGCUGCAAAGUUGGACCUGCAGCAACUACCAUCAUAUCAUGGCGUUAACCGUCUCAUUUCCGGCAUGUGGCAAAGCUAUAUCCGUCAUGGUGGUGCAUAUCUUGCCGUUGGUACUUAUGAUUCCUCUGAAGUGGCAGCUCGGGCCUCAGACAUGUGCACUUACAAGCUUGAAGGGAGGAAUGCGAUUCUAAAUUUUCCUCUUACUGAGUUACAACGGAGAGAAGUUGAAGCCAUGGAUUGGGGUAAACUUAUACUAAGUCUUCGAGAGAUGCAAAUAAAAUCAGAUGUGGAUGAGGAACUGGGCGAUCCUAAAUCUCUUGCCAUGGAAGAUGUUUCAAGGGAGAAAAAGUGGACGAUACUGCUGUGUCAUGAGCAACUUUUGCAACAAAGGAUGAUGAGACGAGCACCGAAAGUAGGUCGGCAGUUGGUAGUGGGCAACCCAUCCAUCGCGGCUCAGUUCUCUCACUUAAAUCGUCGCCCCGAUGGAUCUCCUAUGCUUGUGGAGGAGGUCAUGGAUGGAAGCAAUACACCGCUUCUAUGGAAUUGCAUUUGUGGUAAUUUAUUUUUGAAAGCUCCUGUUGGCCUGUUGAAGGCUAAACAUGCCACAUGUAGGAUCGCAGGAUGCCGAAAAAAGUGAAUAUAUAUACAUAUACAUAGAAGUAGGAGAUCGAAAGUUACCGAACCCAUGGUGUUGAUCACCCAAUAUUGUGAUCAGAAAGGGAGCUUUUGAUUCCAUCCCUGGGUCAUGAUUAUAGUGCAAGUAGGCUAGAUAUGACCGCAGUUAACCCUCGCUGUGGUCUAGAAGCUCAACAGAUGUAGUGAAAAGUUGUGCAUUUGUUCAGAUCGGUUAUAAACGAAGGUACAUGCGUAAUACGGCAGCAGUGCCCUGUGUCGUGCCACGAAGAUAAUUGAACUAUCGACUAUGAGCAUGUUCAAGAGAGCCGUAAGAGUGCCACUGAUUAACGUGCUCGACUUUCGUGAAAGAAGUAUAAGAGUGUUGCCGAGAGAGCUUUUAUCUUAGGGAUUUAGCAGAUCAUAUUUUGAGCCCUUCCUGUCACUCAGCAGUUGGGAACAGCAUGUCGGUUUCUAGCAUACAGUGUUGGAUGAGUUCACAUACUGCCUGUCAACACAUUUUGAGUCACUUUAACAUAUAUACUUUUUGUUACUUUAGAUGGAGAAGAUGUUAUGG